AUGGAAAACCCAGCCAGAAAGAGCUUUAGGGAUUUUGAUUAUAUAGUAAAAGUAGUUCUCAUUGGGGAUGCUGCAGUUGGCAAAAGCUCCCUUCUCUCCAAGUAUGUAGACGAAGAAUUUGAAACAGCUUAUAAUUGCACUAUUGGGGUAGAUUUUAAAAUCAAAAGUUUGAUAAUUGACAAUAAAAAAGUAAAGCUUCAAGUCUGGGACACUGCUGGACAAGAAAGGUUCAAGCCUAUUACAAAUUGUUAUUUUAGGUCUUCAAAUGGCUGCGUGGCUGUAUAUGAUAUAUGCAAUCGGGAAAGCUUUGAUAAUGUAAAAAUAUGAAUCAAUGAUUACAGAGAAAAUAAUUCAAUAGAAAGUAUAGAAAAUGUACUUUUAGUAGGAAAUAAAAUAGAUAAAGCUGAAGGGCGAGAAGUCAGCUAUGAUGAGGGUAAAAAAUACGCUGAAAGCUCAAAAUGCGAAUUUUUAGAAGCUUCCGCUAAAAGUGGAGAAGGAGUGAAUGAACUUUUUGAAGCUGUAAGCAAAAUGAUUAUAGUAAAAAUGAGUCUCGCAGAAAGCUUGCACUCACGAGACCUUGUUGACAGAACUCUAAAAGGGAAAAGCUUAAUCACUGAAACCCCAAAAAAGAAAAAAGGUUGCUGUCAUUAG